AUGACUGAUUGUAUUCGGGAAGAAUUAGUUAAUGGUAAAGAUGAGUGUUUCAAUAAGGUGGUACAAUAUUUGGAUGAAAGGAGCAAUGAGUAUUACAGGAGGCUGUGCGAGGUUUUUGGAUCAACAGAAUAUUUCGAACAUUUCAAGCAGUGUUACCAGAAUUCUGUAUCUCCGUAUGUGGGUGAUCAAGCCCUCAGUCCUCUGCAUGAGCAUCUAUGUGCCAUUCUGGAAUGGCGUUCCCUUCUUGCCACCGAAGUGGAGGCUCUGCAGGCUAUGAAGACUGAGAUCGAGGAUUAUCCUAAGGACUUCGAAAUUCAGAUUCGUUUAAGUGAAUCUCUUCAUGAACAAAAUCGCCUUCGAAGAGAACUUGAAACUCUAAAGGAGCAAGCUGAACGUUUGCAAAUGGAAAACAAUGCCUAUAAUGCAAUUAUUGACGAAGUAAAAAAGGAUUGUAAUGAGAAGAUAGCUGAGUCGAAUGAACGCGCAAAGAAGGCAGAAAAGGCAUUUAUUGAUCUCACACGUCAUCGAUCCGUUAAUCAAACGUCAGAAUAUUCCGCCAUGGUUACUAAGCCUCCUGAUGCUGCACUCCAAAAGCGGACUUCAGAGACUAUGCUGAAUGCAAUGUCCCCGUUUCCUUUCAAGUCAUCAAUGGAUAAAGUUCAAAGCAGUUCAUCGCGUUUCAAAGCUUACAGUACUCUCACUUGGGAGGGUUUCGACUCCUUGGAUGAGGACUCCAGCGACGAUGAGGUGAAGAAAGCAACUUCGGUCAUUAAAUCCAUUACAACCCCUGAUGAACCAGAACCGAAGGUAGUAGAGCUUCCACUGUCGUCCAAGCAGGAGGUUAGCGUUUCGAUCUCAGAAGCUCAGCAUAAGAUAGAUGAACGACCUAAAACCCCUGUGAAGGAGGAGCGACCUUCAACUCCCGAGGGUUUUGUCACAGAACUACCGAAACUCGAUGCUAGUCCUAUAAAACCUACUAGAUUAGAAAAUACAGUAGAUGAGACGGAUAGAAAUAUUCGAACAUCUCUGAGCAGUACUCCUCGAAAAUCCCUUCCUGUGACACCACAUCAAGCAGGGGAAAUCUCAACUCCCGAGCCUUCAACUACGUUUGCGUCCCGCCCUAAUCGCUCUAAUUCUCCCGUGGUUGCCAGUUCCCAAAUAAAGUCGCGGAAUUCCAUUGCUGAAGUUUGUGCAGAUAGUGCUGGUAGUGACGUGGUGGACAAGUCGGUUUAUCUCCAACUCUAUGACAAAUAUCUUGAUCUUCAGUCAGAGUUGGAGAAGGUUAGCAAUCGACAGGAACAGUCAUUGGCCAAUAACGCCGAUGCUUUGUCAAGUGGUGUCGUGCCAUGCAAUGAAUUGGGAUUGACUACUCAAUUGAACGAUCUUCGUGACCAGGUCUGCGAUACCGAAGGUCAGGAACCGAAUUUGGCAUCGCCUACUAGAAUAUCCGGUGGAGACAUCUUUUCUACCAUUCCCAACACUCCCAAACACUUCACUGACUGGUCCAUCUCCCUCGAUCAAACUAAUGCCUCCAAUGCCGCAAUGGACACUUCUGACAACGACGUCGAUAGUGCUGUCAAAAUUCAUAGGCCUUCUUUGGCAGCUGAAGAAUGCUUCUACUACCCCCUCCUUGCAUCAUCUGAUUAUCUCACUAAUGAUAUCUCCUCAUCAUCAAGCUCUUCGCUUAGCAUAGCCGUCGAUUUAACUCGUUCAAGACGAUCGGUUGGUCAACAGACAGAUCUGUCUUUAUUGUGUCCAAACUGCUCAUCAGACUCUGUAAAUACUCAUUCUGGUUUGGUUCCUCUUCAGGAGGUGAGUCCCUCUGCUCUGGGUGUACAUAUGCUCUCCCCAGCCUCUACCCUCCAAGAACUCAAUGUCGACUUUUCGGAAUCGACUGCAAGACAAGUUUCGGGCUUGGAGGUUAUGGAAUCAGCCUGCUCUCCUAUCUCUGACCUCACACCAAAGGUAUUUUUGCUCACAUUAAUCCUCAAAAUCUCACUUAUUUCUUCGUAA